AUGAAGAGACUUCUUAAGUGCGGCGAUGAUACUACUUCUGUUGGAAACACAACUAUUAAAAAAUCAAAAACACAGCCAAACCAAUCCAAUUGUAUGACGCAUUUCACUAAUACUGACAGCAAAUAUUUAAAAGCAUCAGAUUUAGCCAGCUUUAGGAUUGUUAAAGAUGGAGAGCCUCAUACAAAUGGUGAAACGCUGAUAUUACUUGCGGCUAAAGAUAUGAUGCAAACGGUUUUAGGAGAAAAGGCUGCUAAAGAAUUGGAUAAAAUUCCAUUAUCAAAUAAUUCUGUUAAAAGAAGAAUUGAUACUAUGGUUUUAAAUAUUGAAGAAAUAUUGGUUACUCAACUAAAAAUGUGUUCGAAUUUUUCUUUCCAAGUAGAUGAUAGUACAGAUAUAACAAAUAUGGCACAGCUACUUGUUUUCAUUCGAUAUGAUUUUGACAAUGUAUUAAAUGAGGAGUAUUUAUUUUGUAAAUCACUUGAAUCAAAUACGAACGCUGAAAAUAUUUUUAAAAUAAUCGAUGAUUAUUUGUCAACCAUAGAUUUGCCUUGGAAAAAAUGUGUUGGCAUUUGUACAGACAGAGCCCAAACUAUGUAUGGAAAAUUGACAGGACUAGCGUCGAGAGUACAGAAAGUUGCGCCCUAUUGUAAAAGUACACAUUGUGCGAUACAUAGAGAAGCUUUGGCUUCCAAAAAUAUGCCCGAUCAACUAUCCUCUGUUUUAAAAUGCACUGUAAAGGUUAUAAACUUCAUUAAGGCUAGAACCCUCAAUACUCGACUUUUCAAAUUGUUAUGCGAAGAAAUGGGAGAACAAUUUAAUACUUUGCUUUUUCAUACUGAAGUGAGAUGGUUAUCUCGUGGCAAAAUUUUAAAUAGAUUGUUUGAGUUGAGAUCUGAAGUUCAUUUAUUUUUGAUUGAAAAAGACGAUGACAUGAAGAAUUUGUUCAACAAUGAAGAAUGGUUAUCUAGAUUACCCUACUUGGCUGACAUUUUUGAUAAGCUCAACACUUUAAAUAUGGGAUUACAAGACAAUGAAGUCCCUGAUGAUGUUGAAGACAAAGAAUCAUUCAUUGGUAUGGUAAGUGACAGUUCAAUGAAAGACAAAACAUUGGUUUCAUUUUGGAUGUCAACAAAAAAAGAAUACCCAUCUUUUUUCAAGCAAGCAUUACAAUGUUUAACUCCAUUUGUCACUACUUAUUUGUGUGAGAGUGGAUUUUCUGAAUUGCUUUCUAAACCAAAAAUUGAAUGA